ACUCACCAUCGAGAGAAAGGAGAUAUCACAACAACAAUAUGAGCAGAGACAAAACGACGCCGCUUUCAGUGCCGGUAGGCUACAAGUUCCACCCCACCGAAGAGGAGCUUCUGACUCACUAUUUGAAGAAGAAGAUUCAUGGUGGAAAUGAUUCCAAAAUCAACCAAAUCAUCCCUGAAAUAGACCUUCGCAAAUACGCGCCGGCUGAGCUUCCUGCUUUGUUGGGGACUGAGACGGAGGCUCAGGACAUGGAGUGGUUCUUCUUCACUAGAAAAGAUUAUAAAUACAGCACCAGCUCUCGAUCGAAUUGGAGCACGAAGAAGGGAUACCGGAAAAUCACAGGCCAGGAGCGUGGGAUUAAAGCUCGACUAUCCAAAGCUGUGAUUGGGAAGAAGAGGACUCUGACAUUUUACCAUGGCCGUGUGCCGAAAUCGAAGAAGAGCAGCUGGGUGAGUCAUGAGUACUCUCUGCCUGGAAAUGAAGUGAUUUCAUAUCAGAAACAGGCCCAGGGCGACUUUGUUAUCUGUCGCUUGAAGAAUAAAUCAGAUAAGAUGGAUUUUUCAGUCAGUGACGAAGGGGAACCGGUUAGCGCGAGUCUGUACAAUUGGAAAAAUCAAGCUGUUGAUGAAAUGAAUCAAGAGGCAAACGAAAAUGAUGAAUCGUAUUUUCAUCAACCUCAGCCUCUGGAUGACUGCUGCUCCUCAGCACUGCAGUCACCAACAUCCCUAGAGCUGGAAGCUGUUCUGCAAACCAAUGGCACUAAUGAUGAUUGUAAUGAGUUGCAAUCACCAUUUGGAGAUAAAGAUUAUUGUCUUCUAGACUGGAAUGAAGUUUCAACCUGUGAUAAAGAUAAGACUAUAUAUGUAUGAUGUGUUUUCACUGGUAAGAAGGAACAUGCUUUUUGUUGUUAAACAUCUCGGCUAUAAACAGAAAUUGCUGAUUCUUAUGUUACAAGAAUAUCUUUCCAACCACUGAUGAUAUAAUGAACAUGUCAACUACAUCAAGUUGUAGAUGAUAUAUGAAAUUUCAUCCUGUUUGAACAUCUUCUUAUACUAACUCAAUAUGUGCAUAAAAGUAUGAACUAAUGCUUGCUUUUUUAUGAUUGUCAAUUCAGCAAUGUGAUCCGCUCGAAGAAAAUCUAGAUUCACUCUUUGGUCCACAUCAUCAGCCACAAGAUUACUAUCCCUCCAUACUGCAGUCACCAAUAUACACAAAGCUGGGAAAUGUUCCACAUCCACUUCAGGCACAAGAUUAUUAGCCCUCAAAGUUGCAGUCACCAAUGUACACAAAGCUGGGAAAUGUUAUAGAUGCCAAUCUGUAUUAUGGUGGAUGCAAUAAUUGGCAAUGCUGACCAAGAUUAGUACUAGUCUGAUCAAACAGCACAGACUACUUUCAAAAGUCAUUGGGAAGGAUCUAUGAUGAGGAUAGUGGAGUAAGCAAUGAUACAAACAAUAGUCCAUGGACGGGCACAUAUUCGAAAUACCCUACAAUGUAGCUAAUGAACUACCUGCUGGGGUAUGAUAUUAUCCUAUGAAGAUACAAAGAUCUUCCAAGUAACACGAAUUUUUAGCGUUAAUUAUGGUUUUGCUCUCCACACUUUGAUUGUUAGGUAGAAAGGUAACGGACCUAAUUCAACAUUGUGAAGAGAAUGUCAAUGCAAUAGCUAGUUGGUUAUUACUAGAGCAGUGGUUAUAAUUAUUGAACUGAAAUGUAUAGAUGGUUGGCUGAUAGGGCAGUAGUUACAAAAACAUAGUGUAUCAAAUUGAAUGGA